ACACAACUUGCUAUGCCUGUUUUUUCAUGAGGAGAGUUACAUGUGCCUGUUUGGGCUCUAUUAUAUGACCGGCUAUCACAGCAGAAUGUCUUCUUUUGUACAGAUGGACAUCUCUUGCGAUGGUCGUGUAGGAUGGCAAACGUUCCACACCUUCAUGUUUCAGCAUUACACGCAUAUCAUAGACGCGAUGCAGGCCUGUAAAAAUGUACCCAUCUCACAGCCUUUAAUACGCCACUGUACCUACAACAAGCAAGAGACCAUCACGCGUGUCUUGGCUUUGAGUCAGUCUCCACCUAUGCGUUACAUCAGCGUCAGCAAGAGAGGAACUCUCAUUGUGUGGAACAGUCAUCUGAACAACAUAAAGCCACUGGAGAUGAAUGCUGACCCCUUUAAUAAAAGGCAAUAUCAUAGUAGGUUCCAGGGUUGGACCACAGAUGCUGUCUACAUGGGAAAUGUUCAGAAGAUCGCUGUGUCAACCCUGUGCAGGGGCAUCCACUUCUUUGAUGUUACCACCACAUUUGGUUUUGAGCAGGUUCAUUUGUUUGGACUGAGUCAUGCUGCUACUGGUCUAUGUUAUUGGUAUGACACAGAGGCUCCAGGAGGAAAGUGUGUGCUGAUGUGGGGAGAUGAGAAAGGCUCUGUGAAUUUGCUGUGGUUUCUUCAGCCUUUCAAGGGGCUCUUUGAAAUGCCUUUCACCAACCAAACUGACCCAUUGCAAAUCUUUAUGCCAGAUAUAUGUGCGCACAGUGCACUGGUCUCCUAUCAGCACAUCCCGAAAAUCCACAGCGAGCCGAUCAACAGAAUCCUGUAUGAGCCCCACGAUGAGCUCAUUAUUACAUCAUCAGAAAGUCCAGCCAGCUCUGUGGUCAUCAUUGAUGUCAAUCAGAAGAGAGAGAAAUACAUUUGGAGAAUAGAAAAGGGAGUCAAGAGUUUUGACUUCAGUUUCUCUCUCAGUCUGCUGGUAACAGCUGGAGUGGGUCCUGUUGUCAGACUCUGGAACCGCUUUGUGACCUCCCGCCCAACUGCGGUUCUGCACAGUCACCAGACCUCUGUGGUGGAUGUGGUUAUUCACCAAGCAUUGGGCAAGAUCUUCAGCUACUCUAAGGACGCUGUGCUGAAAAUAUGGGAUAUUCCUUCUCAACAAUGCGUAAAGACAUUUCACCUGAAAUUCCCCAAUAUCCAAGCAGGCGUUACCCCAGAGCAGGGCAGCUUUCCUUUGCUCCUCAACCUGACUGCGGAUCCUGUGCUCCUGGUGACUUGCAGGGAGUAUCUGGCCGUGUUUCAACUGAAAGAAUCCAACAAAACAAAAUCCAACAACAGGUCUGGCCUGUACACCUGUGCCCUCUAUAAUCCUCAUCUUGAACAGGUAAUCACAGCCUGUGCUGACUCCACAUUGACUGUCUGGGAUGUGAAGACAGGAAUUAAGAGGAUGGAGGUAAGGAACGCUCAUGGUAAGGAGGAGGUGUCCUGUAUGGCACUAGACGUACACCAGCGCAGACUGAUCUCUGCAGCCACCAAUGGCACUAUCAAGGUGUGGAACUUACUGAAUGGCCUCAAUCUUCAUAAGCUAGAAACCGUCUCCAACACAGAGGUCACCGGGAUCAUCUGUCACCAUGACGACCAGCUUUUAGCCACAGGCUGGAGUCGACAGAUCGCUCAGUAUAGCAUUGCGUUUUCAAAGGACAUCUAUGUAAAAUCAGACCUGUCCUGGAAGUCUGGUCAUCAACACAGAGAGGAUAUCCUGGCGAUGGAUCACUGUCUAAGUCUGGGACUUCUGGCUACUGGUAGUUAUGAUGGAGAGAUCAUUAUAUGGACGCUGGCUCUUCAGAAGCCCAUCACACGACUGCAGAGAUCCCAGCAAGGGAAAGUCCAUCUGCCCGUUCAUAGACUGCUGUUCUUGCAAAAACGAGCUCAGCAAAGUCAUUUGAGAAGCGGUGCUGUGCUGCUCAGCUCACAGGCCGGAUCCGUCUGCUGGUGGAGCAUCUGUGGGGCCAGACACAACCACGGACAGUUUUAUGUGCCUGAUGAAUUUGAUGAGAGUGUGAUGGGUUUAAGCACAGACCAGGAAAACAGUCUACUUGUCACUGGAGACACCACAGGAUCCAUCAAGGUCUGGGACAUCUCACAUUAUGCCUUAUCUGCUGGAGAUAUGGAGUCUGCAAAACAAUUGCCUCCACUGUUACACUAUUGGAGGGGCCAUGAGAGGGCGAUAGUGAGCAGUGAGGUCCUGGUGUACGAGUCUCAACUCUUCGUGCUGAGCGCGUCGGUGGACCGUCGGGCCUGUCUCUGGACCCGUGAAGGAGGAUGUGUGGGCUGUUUUGGACAGAAACAGCAGUGGGAUUUGAGCAACCCAGACACUUAUCAAUCCAACAGAGAACGUACCAGUCCAAUCAAAAAAGAAAAGGAGGAGAGGAAGGAGGACAGCCAAUCACGUGCCAGCCCUGAGAGUUUUAUCUGCUGGGGUGAAAGUUCAGGGAAGGGUGAUCAUCCACAAAAAGAAUUAGCUCCAAACCUCCAAACCGGUUACACGGCUCUACGAACCCCAGACUUAGAGUGCACAUCUGACCAGCGCAGCUCUUUGGAAAAGUUCCCACUGUCUAAAUACAGUAAGUUUCUCUCCGGAGAAUUCGGGGAUCUGGAGAUAAAGAUGGCGUCGCGACGACGCAGGCGACGAAAUAUCGAAUGCCGCUUUGGGAACGAGUUCACACCGUUUCAGGAUCUGGAGAUACCAGAGAUCCAUGAGCUAGAAGAUGUACCUCUGAAGACCUGGAAACUGAAGAUGCGGCAGACUUCCUCCAGAGGAACAGAAGGGAGCUCUCGGAUAUUCUCCUCUGAAGAUGCUGGGGAUUAUGAAACACUGGAGGACUAGACAGUGGGUACGAUGAAGGUUACAGGUUGUAUUUUUUGCCACAUGUCAGUGAUUUACAGUGUUUGCCCCAGAAAUGCACCUCGUCGGUCUUAACAGUGGCUUUUGUGUCGUCUUUAUUCAGUCAAAUCAAUGUUUGUAUACACUAUGUAUUAUUUAUUGGAAUGUAAAGCAAAAAUAAUUGUUUUUGAAACAUUUUACUAUGUAUGUGGCCUUUGCUGUUGCAAUGAUUUCCAUUUGAAGC